AAGAUUCAAAGGCAUCAUUUUACAAACAACCCUGCCCCCAUCCUGUGUAAUCUACGGCUAUCGCGAGACCGACCCAAGCAUCACAUCAUUUCACACCCGUCGCUACGCUGGCAAGAAGUACACCUCUGCGGAUUUUAUAUAGUGUGCGGCUUUUUCUGAUCAUUUUCUUACAGACACGGCUUCUGCUCAUCGACGUUACAUCUUUAGAAGAUCUGCUAGAAGAAAAAUUCCUCAGGAACGUUAGGUAUCUAGCUCAUUUGGCUCCUUUAGCUAGUUGGCUAGCUAGCUUGCUGCGCUAGCUCGCUGGCAGCGGCUGCCUUCUUUGGCUACAAUUCAUUGCAUUCAGUCAUCUGUGCAUUUAGUCGAAUACUUCGUUUUUAAAAUUUGUUUUCACAUGUACGUUUUCGUAAAAUAAGGCAUGCACAGAUGCUCUUUUAUACAAAAAAUAUAUAGCUCCACUUGUACUCGUUGUAUAUUGGAUGCUUGCCAAGGUAUUGUUUUGACUAACCAAAGAUACUGAUACUGGAAGUGUGUCUUCCCAUGUGUGGACUUGUAUUGAACCUGGCAGGUACUUUUAAUUUACUUAAAGCAGCUACCAGCCGACCGCAUAGUUGAGAAAUGGUAUUAUAAACACCUAGAAUGACAGUAUCAUAGGUUAAUUCAUAGGUCCAGUUAAUUGGUCAAUUGUACUUAGCUAUUUAUUUACACCUUGGUGAGCGGUGACAGCCACAACAAAGAUACAAGUCUGCCGUAGUCAGAGCAAUGGAGACAGUGAGGAAUACGUUCCACGCUCAGCUAGCCACCGUCAUGGACUCACUCCUGGCGGCGGCGGUGUGUGAGAUCGCCAAGAUAUUCGAGAGCAGCCUGUGUGAGCAGCAGGCAGAGCUGACGCAGAGAGGAGAGGAGAUCUCGGCGCUAAGAGGCAGGCUGGAACGGGCAGAGAGGAAACUGAGGAAGGGAGGAGAUGGAGGGGAUGUGGGGACUGGACCAGGACCAGGCAGGAGAGAGGGAGGAGGAGAGAACAGUCCCAGGCACCGGGCUGAUCCAGGAGCUGCAGGGAGCUCGGGAAAGGAUGCCUUCAGCGAGACAGAUCCCCACCAUCAGGAGGUCAGUGAGAGCCCUUUCAGGGUUAAGGAGGAGACAGAGCAGGGAAGAGCCACAUUCAAACAGGAGUUUAAGGAAUCAGGCCCUAGCCCCAAUGCUGAUGAAGUCCAUACCUCAGAGGGGAGCCAGAGGCUGGGAGACCCCCUGGCUGACACAAGAGGCACCAAGCCAGUGUUAUGUCAUUGGGAGGAGGCCUCCAGAGAUGACCCCAGGCCCAGACCCCUCCAGGACCAGGGCACCUCAGCCCGGUCGGACCCCAGCUCUGCCCCGCAGAGGGACUGGCUGCCUGGGCUGGACGCCGGGCGCAGUGGGGAGGCUGGACUGGAGCUGCUGGCAGAGGGGGGAGGCUAUCCUCCAUCUGGGGGUACCACAGGAGGAGACGGCGAGGCUAACUUCUACAGGCCUGCGCUCGGCCACGAGGAUGAGGAGGAAGAGGAGGAGGAGGAAGAGGACCCAGCCCUCCUCUUCCUCGACCAGAACCCCGACCAGGACCUGGCCCCGGAGGCCGUCAGGGACGCGCGACAGGACCACAGCCAGAGGGGCGCCUCGUCGUCGUGGCGACCGCGGGACCGACCCAGGCGGGCCAACGCCGCGAGGGACCCGCUCCGACCCCACACGCCCAACGCCCUCCCCAACACGCACAAGCACCCCCACCCCCUGGGGCACGUGGGGGGCGGGGCCCGGCCGUACACCUGCCCCUACUGCGGCAAGGCCUUCACCUACCCCUCCCACCAGCGGCGCCACCUGCUGCGCCACACGGGCGUGAGGCUGCACCCCUGCUCCGUGUGCGACAAGAGCUUCCUCACGCCCUCGGAGCUGACGGUGCACACGCGCGUGCACACGGGCGAGAGGCCGUUCGGCUGCAGCCAGUGCGGCAAGCGCUUCGCCCGCAGCGGCAACCUGCGAGCCCACCAGCGGGACGUCCACAUGGGCAAGAGGCCCUUCGGCUGCGACGAGUGCGGCAAGAGGUUCGCUCACCGCGGCAACCUGAGGGUGCAUCACCACCGCGUGCACCAGGGGGCGCCCUACUUCCUAGACCCCCUGCAGGACGGCAGCCCGUUGCCCUCAAAUGGGUAGUGUCUUCUCCCCCACCGCCGCCGCCGCCGCCCCAGGGAGAAUGAGCUUGGCUCUGUAAGCCCCAGAAUACAACCUUCCUUCCUUCGCUCCGGACUCUCUGAUUCGACAUGUGAUAGGGAUAGGUGAAAGCAUGCGUUUGGUCCAGGCAGCAGAUGCCUAUCCCGUCUCAUGAGAUCCACUUCAAGGAAGGAAGGAUGGAAGGCCGUCACGUUCAAGACUGCCCAACAGGCGAUAGAGCCCCCCCCCCCCCCCCCCCCAGCUCAUCCCAGAUACUGUAGAACUCAACUUUGGACAUGAAAUGAUGAAUAUGGUAAUAGUUUGUUAUUGUCGUAUUGUUUGUAUUACAUAGGACCACUCCUAAACUGUAGCAUUGCGAGUGAGAGGACACUGACCUGAGAACAGUGAACAAUUCAUUGACCUUGUGAUUGGAGCAAAACUACGUAGACUAGACGAGUCUAGGCUGGGGGUCCGACAAAAAUAAGGUGCAUCAGUAGCCACAAUGGAUAAACAGCUUGAUUUGAGGUCAAAGGCAGCUCAGAUGUAGCCUUUUAUCGUGGUUUUUAUUGCCAACCAAAUUCAAAAGAAUCAAAAAGCAAAACUGUUUUACUGGUUGACUGGAUUCAAGGCCUUCUUUCCCCAGUUCAUACAAAAUAAGGCCCUAAAGCAGUCCUGUGGCCACCGCCUGUUUCCUGCCAUCUCCAGGCAGGUUGCUUGCACUGAAAGAGGAGUGGUGUCGAUCAAAGUGUCUCUACAUUUGAGACGUUUCGUUCUGGGAGAUCCUCUCACUGCAGAGCAAACAUAGUGGCAGUCCAGUCACGUUAGCUACGCCUGAAUGAGAGUCUUGUCUCGUCUUCAUCGAAACGUCUGCAUUCCGUCUUCCCUUUUACCUCUCGUUCUUGGCUAUUUAAACAUCUAAUCAGACCACCUGACUCACUCGACUGUUUUCCUGUCCACUUCCAUGCAGGCUAUGCUGGGCUCCACUGGUGGAGUUGAGUGGCGCUGCCACAACGAACGGUUGUUGUUUUUUUACAACGGUAUGCUCAUACUGUACUACGCAUUUCACCCCCUGUUGAACGAAAUGUGCACGUUCAUUAAUGUCGGCGCCGCUGUGAAUGCAUUCCAAAACACUGUGUGUGACCUAGGACGUGUUUAGGCGACUGACUCUAAAUUGUACAACUGACCCUUAAAUAGUUUGGGAGCCACACACGAGUGGCCAAGGAGCCACAUGUGGCUCUGAAGCCCUGGGCUGCCGACCCCUGGUCUGGAACACUGCUCUUGAGGGGGGAGGGGGGGGGGGGGGGGGAGAGAUAGGAAGAUGAAGGUAUUAUAGCUACUUAGUAUUGAGUUGCAUGCGGAGAUGUGCGUUUGUGUAGAGUAACUCCCCUGUGUUCAUAUACUCAUACUUGGUUUCCUUUGACGUUGAAGACAUUCCUCGUGUUGACAAAUGUUCAAAACUGUUAAUCAAUGAAAACUGUAACCAUUGCCUACUCUCUCCAAUAAUGUCCAUCUUCCAUCUUUGCUAUUCAUAUUGACAUGAAUAAAUAGUGCAUUCAUGGUUCAAGCAACAUCAUGGCUAUGUCCUACUAUUAUAUUGAAGGCUGUGUGGAGAGAAAUUAGCAUUUCCUUCUUGGCAGAAGAAAUGGGAUUGCAGAUUUGGUUCCCUGCCCAGUGAAUGCAGUUUCCAUUACCGCCACCAGAGGGCAGGAGUUUGUCCAUGAAAUAAAAAAGACAGGUGGAGCAUGUAUUCUGUAUGUGUGUUUGUAGGAGGGGUGAAAAGAGGCCAUGCUAUAUCACCAGCUUCAUGCUGCAGUCCUCUACUGCGCACUUUCAUUUGAUUUGAUCUAACUGAACAUCCAUGAUAACCCAUACAUCCC